AUGGAGUUAUAUGACGAGGAAAUAUAUGAUCGGGCAAGUGUAAAUGUUAGUGUAAUUUUGAAUGAUGAUAUAAAAGAGGAAAUAAUAGAAAAUUUAAAGUAUAAUAUGAAACAUAGAAAUGUUAAAAUAAGUAGUUACAAUUAUAGUAAUAUUCAUAAAAUUAAUUGCUACAAGAAAGAGAGUGUAGAUGAUAGAGUGGAGGGGUGUAACAAUAAUGCCAUGUUGAUGAACUCAUGGCUGAAAAAGAUGAAAAUAGUUUCAUCCGUUGUAAUAUUUUGUGUCGAUUGGCAGGAUAUUAUUAAUGAGGAUAGUGAUGUUGUACCUGUGAGCCCCUGGGGUAGUGAUUGUGAGAGAAACGGGAAUGGAUCGGACCAAAUGUGUCUACAUGACGUGAGUUCAGGUCAGGUGAAUCGUAGCCAAACAAGUCCCAGUGAUAGUGGACUCAUGGAAGUUCAGCCAAGAGAGCAUAAAGAGAUAAAGUACAGCAAAGAAAGGAAAUGCGUGCAGAACACAGAUUUCAUGAAAAAAGUCAACAAGGAUCUCCUUGAGCGUAUAGAAGAAAUAAACACAAUAAUCAUGAAAAGAAAGAAAAUAUGCAAGAUUAUUGUUUUAGUUAUUUUACCUGAGAAUACACAAAACACGGAAGAAUAUGUGAAAUACAUUAGUAUGUUGAAUUCAAAAAAUAUUAGUGCAAUAUUUAUUACAUUAGGACUAAAAGAAAUACAUAAUAAAAUAAAAAAAUUAGAAAAUUUGUUAAAAGAUUGUAUUAACUCCUUUUUUAAACAGUAUAUAAUAAGUUUUGAAAGGAAAAGUGGACAAAAUAUAUUUUCUUUUUUUAAUUAUAAUUUUAAGAAAGCAUAUAUAUUAGAAAUGUUAGAAAAAUAUGAUGAUAGUAUUAAAAUUUACGUAAAUUUAUGUAAAGUAUUUUAUGAACAUACAGGUGAAAAUAUAUUUUCAGACAAAUUCGCAUUUUUUAAGCAUGUUAUUUUUUUCAAUUCAGUGAGCAUCAGAAUGAUAUAUAUAUAUUUGUUUUUUAAAGAUAUCAAAAAAGCAGUUCACCAUAUACAUACUCAUAAUAAAAUUAUUUAUUUGGCAUUGGUGAGGAGAGAAGAAUGUGUAGAAGUGUUGAACCUGAAAGGGGCAAUGUACGAACUUAUUGCAACAUAUAAUAUCACAGGAAAUAGUGAUUUCAUUAACUAUGUGAUGUACUUCGAUAAUCCUGAUGAAGGAGUGUGGCAGGAUGCAGACGGAGGGGAGAAUGAUGUAUCGAAGGACAUGAAAGAUCAAGUGGGCGAUAUAAAUUUAGAUAAGGUGAGCGAUAUAAAUUUAGAUAAGGUGAGCGAUAUAAAUUUAGAUAAGGUGAGCGAUAUAAAUUUAGAUAAGGUGAGCGAUAGAAAUUCAGAUAAGUUAGGCCUUAAGAGUUCAGAUCAAAUGAGAGAUGGGAAUCCAAAUCAGAUGGGUGAAAAGAAUGCAGACCAGAUAAUCAGCCCCGUAAAAGAAUCGAUUCACCUUUUAUAUGUUCAAACAAUGAAAGAGUAUUUAUAUUACAACCUGUUAUCAUGUAUUUACUUCUAUGUAUAUAGUAUUUUAAAAAAUAUUAACAUAAACAUACACGACACAACAUUGAAUGGCAUGUACAGCUGCUUCUGUAUAUACUAUAUGCUGAAAGCACGCAUGAAAAGAGACAAAUUAAUAGAUUGCUUUUCGAGAACCAUCCAAUUCGAGAGCUAUUUCAAGAUAGUUUCCACCGAAUUUAUAUACGAUUUUAUUUUAAACUUCUUAAUUGAAUUGUAUAGAAUUAUUAAUGUUAACAAAAUUAGCAAUUUGUUUCGAAUUAUCAUAUAUUUUUUAUGUCUGAUUUAUUAUGAAAAGGGGAAUCACUUUUUUUGCUUACACUUGCUAUUGUUAUUUUAUAGCAGUGCUGAGGAUUCUUUUUUUUUCAAUGCAGUCGAUUCAGAUGCACUGAGAAGGGAAAAGUGCAACUUGCAUGAUUUGUAUUCCACCAUCCAAAACGUUUGGCUUGAGAGGAGCUACCAGCGGACUCGGAAUUCGCAAACACACGAACCAAUGUUACUUCUAACCAUGAGCUGUCUCGGAUUUUUGCUUCACCGGGAGAAUAUUGGAUCAAAUGAGGUUGAAGAUAAUUUGAAGAAUGAAGGAUUUAAUAUGAAUAAGUAUGGAAAUUUCUUUAUCGAAAUAUGUUUCGAAUAUUUAAACUGUCUAAUAAGGAAUAAUAAAAACAAGGAGCAAAAUGAUUUUACCCUGUUUUUGAGAAAAUGUUUUAAAUGCAUAAAUAUAGAAAGUGUAAAUAAUCAUGAGAAAUUAACGAAUAUAACAAUUAUGAAUAUUUAUGUGAACUUAUAUUAUUUAAUUAAGAAAAAUGGCAUUCAUUUAUUUUUAGAAAUAAAAAAUAAGACUCAAGUGGAUUUUUCCUUUUUGCCGUUCAUUGGCAUUUUUAUAAAUAAGGAAUUGAUAACUUUUAAAUUAAAAUUUUCUAAUUUGUUUGAUGGAAUUGUUUUUUCAACUGCUCAAACUGUACAUGAAAAAGUAGAUGGGGGAAGAAAUUUUUUACUUCAUUACGCAGUUAGUGAAUGUAUACAAAGUAAAGUGCAUAACAAGGGGAAUGCCAAAAAUGAGAGAAACGGAGAAUGUGAGAAGGACAACAGUAGGGGAUUUUUCUUGAAAGAAAAAAAUAUAGUUAGUUUUUUCUUACAUAAUGGAAAGGAAAAUCAAAUAGAUGUUGAUUAUGUCGAUAUGUAUUUGAACAUUUCAGGUCAUAUUAUUAAGAUGCAGAUUCAUCAAAUUAAUGCAUGUUUAUUGAAGGAUAAGUUUCUUGAAAGGGUUAAUACAAGAGAAUUGCAAAAGGGGCUUGGGGGUAUAUUAUCGAAUGAUAUAAAAUGGAAUAACUCUCUGAAUACAAACGGAAUGAAUAUGAACAAAGUUGUGGAAGAAUCUCAUGUUGAAGGAUCUCUGGAUGAAGGAGAAAAAAAGAAUGGUAUAAAUGGUGAACUGAUAUAUGAAACUAAAAAGGAUACAAUAGAACCUUUUUAUUUAAAGAACGAAAAAAAAAAUAAGUUAAAAAUUUUUGAAAUAAGAGAUAUGGAGACUGAUGUGGAAGAAUCAUAUUUUUAUAAAUUAAAGCAUGGGAUAUACUUGAACAAAUAUAGUAAUAGAAUUAUAUGCAACAAUAAAAAAUAUAAUUUUUAUAAAGCACGAAUGAAACAUGUAGAAUAUUUUAUUUAUUGCCCUAACAACACUUUGUAUAUGAACGAAUACAACUUUUUAUACAUUUUUGUGAAAUAUUCAAGGUAUAUAAAUAGUUUCGAAUUAUGUUUUUCCUAUACCACUGAGAGGGAUGAAAAGGUACAAGUUUAUUUUUUGACGAGAAAUAAUAAUGUUAUAAAAUCACAACAGGUUGGUAGAGAUCAAAGGAUUGUAGUAACUGGAAGUGAACAUAUGUGUAAGUUAGUUUUGAUAACAGGAUGUGAAAUACACCCAUGUGAAGGAAGUAGCGCGACUGUAAGAGAGAGUAAAGCUUCUGACAGUGUUAGUAAUACUUCUGAGAGUGAUAGUAAUACUUCUGAGAGUGAUAGUAAUACUUCUGACAGUGAUAGUAAUACUUCUGAUAUAGAUAGUAAUACUUCUGAUAUAGAUAUUAAUACUUCUGAUAGAGAUAUUAAUACAUCUGAUAGAGAUAUUAAUACUUCUAAUAAGGGUGAUAAUACUGAUGGUGGCCACUGCAAGGGGAAAAGCAAAAUGAAUCAGGAUGGAAAUAGUCACCAUCGAUGUAUUGAGGAAAGAGCAGACCUAUUUGUUAAAAAUGAACAAAUGAAAGAACUAGCUAUUGAUGAUUCAUUUCAGGAGUUGCUAUCACAACGUUCGAGUGGAGACGUAGAUAAAAAGUUAACCGAUCAAGAAUGGGACGUGUUUUUUUUUCAAGCUGAAAGAAGAGGUAACAAUUUUGAUGAAAGAAAGGGCGCGAAGAAACUGUAUGGAAGAAGCAACUUUUGCAACCAGUGCUAUAUAUCAUAUAAAAUUAAAAAGAAAAGAAAAAAUGGAAGAAGGAAUAUUUUUCCCUUUUUUACAAAUGAUAAGGAUAAGUUAAUAUGUAUUCCAUUUCUUAUACAUCCAAGAGAUGAAAUAAAAAAUGUGAAUAUAGAAUUUGAUUUUUCUUUUAAAAAUGCUUUUUUUAAGGACGAAUUAAAAUAUACAGCAAGAUAUAACAUAGAACCAUCACUCAUAACAAUGGUUACUAGGGUCAACCAUGGAAUGCAAAACAGCACACAUAAUAAAGAUAAUUUUGAAAAAGAAGAAAUUUUCCAAAAUGCCUUGAUGAAAGGAACUACAAAGGAGAAUCCCUACAACACUUCAAACACAUUGCAGGAAUGCAAAAAUUAUGCCAACAUUUUAAGUUCUAAUCAGAACAAAGAAACUAAGGGCAGAGAAAUUACUGAUUCAUUGUAUUCCUACUACUACAUAUAUAUACACAACAAUAACAUUAAUAGUAUAUUCAUUAAAGAAAUUUCAGGGGGAAAAAUUAGUGAUCCCGUGGAAGUGUUUUACAAGAGUACAUAUUGCAAUUUUGUGAAAGAAAAGAAUCCCUAUGAUAGUGGUAUUGUUAUUAAGUAUCAUUUUAACUCGAAGAAACUUUUUUUUCCGUUUAACAAUAUAUGGAGAUAUGUGAUAUAUACUAAUUUGUUAAAAGUACCAUUUGAUGACAUGGUAAAUGCUAUGGAAAUGAGUUAUCAUCCAUUGACUGAUUCUAAAAAGAGCAAGAUACGUAUAGAUCUAAUAUAUGAAAGAACUGUAAAAUGCAACGAGAGCUUUGUUGUCGAAUCAGUAAUAACAAAUGAGACUAAUAUUACAGAGGAAAUUAUUAUUUUUUUGUACGACAGGAGAAAGGAGAGAAGUAGGAAGUGUAGUAGUAGCAGAGUGAGGAAGGAUAAUUGGGGAGAUAAUGGACAAAGAAAAGAUGAAAACUCAAGUGUCAACGCCAUGUUCAAGACAAGUUGGGGCGAAUCUGGUAGUGCUAAAAAUAGCAAAAAAAAUCAAGACUUCAAAUAUAAAACAAAACAGGAAUAUUAUAAUAAUAAAAACGUAUCAUCGGAUAAUAGUUCUGCUUCAUCUUUUCUUUCAUCAGAUGAUUUGGAAAAAUUAACUGAUAAGGACAACUACAUAUCUGAUGACACAAAUGAGGUGUAUAAAAAGAAGACAUAUAUUAUAACAGGGGCUAGGGUAAUGAAAAAUAUUUUAUUGCCAUAUCAAUCUAUUCGACUUCGAUGGUCCUUCAUUGUUAUUACCUGUGGCUUUGUGACUUUACCCAAUGUACUUAUCAAAAGGAAAACAAAAAUAAAGAACAAUGUUAAUGUUUUUUCAUCUCCUAAUAUUGAGUUGUUUGUAAUUUAG